AUGGGUGUCGAGCCAGAUCUCGAAACAGGCCUCUUCAACAGACAAAACCCGCGGACUCUUUCGAUGGACAUCAGCCAGACUCAUGGAGGGGCCAUGCGUGUUGAAAACCCCCGGGAGGAAGUGAGGCCUCCUCGAGCGUGCUCUCCACAGUACCAACGUCCAGAAAGUAUUGAGCUGCCAUGUUCCCGAAGCACCAGCGACUACCCAUACACGGCGAAGACCAACGCAUACGGCCCCACCCGAAGACGACACUACAACAGCAUUUCGCGCUCAGUUUCACGUUCACGCUCACGCUCGCCCAUUCGCAGGCAUCGCCAGCCCCGGCUUGGAGUUCGCAGCGUUCCGUCGCUGUCUAGCAGUAGCACGUCGCAAUUCACUUCUGCGUACAGCUUUUCCCUGGACGUCCCGAGAGACGACAACUUGUUCCAAGGAAGGCCCAGGUUGCGCGACUCAAAGGUCUUCAGUACAUCUGGUCACCGCCGCAGAGCGACUUCGUCAUCCAAGCCUAGCAAAACUGAACUAGAGGCGGCAAAUAUCUUCGACGACAUCUUCACGCGCAAGGUCGCGCACGUGAAGAAGACUGGGCCUUUCCGUGUCAUCGACGGGUUCUAUAACUUGCACAUAUCGCUGUGUCGUGCGGCUCUGAUCACAGCUGCACUCAGUAGCGACAGCCAUGGCGAGGAGGAGAAUCUAAACAGCGCGCGCGAGAUUGGUAAUCUCCUAGAGGUCCGCGAAUCUGCCCUCAAAGAGCUUAAACACUAUGACGAUGUUUGCAAAAUGCAACGAAACUACCACAUCGACCCUUCACAUGGCCCCUGGAUGAAGGUUGACAUGUGGGUAAUGUACGGCUGCCGAAACGCGGCUCUGGUAGAGUUCGCACGCUAUGCCAAAGCAGUGCACCCAGCCAAGCGUGAUGACUACAAUGCUGUCUUGAUCAGGAAGUUGUCUGAUUGUUUCAUAAUGGGGAGGAAAAUGGUAGCAAACUACGGCGAGGACCGGUCCAGUCUGCCUGCCUCGCGGGAAGUAGAGGCAUUACUGGGAUUUUGGAAGCGCCUUUGGUUGGCACUAAUCGCAGGUACCGCUGUCGUUGUGCCCAUGCUGAUCAUGACACUUCACCCGUCGCUUGGAAGCAGUCUUGGUACAACAUCUGCGUCUGUCUUUGCUGUUGCGGUUGGGCUUGCAUGGAUCAUGAAGAGCGCUGAGAGUAAGGAUGUCAUCAUUGCUACAGCUGCUUAUGCUGCUGUAUUGGUCGUGUUUGUUGGUGCGGGACCUUCGGCAACACCCAACCAGGACCCAACUGCUGGCCGCAAUACAAUCACGCUGUCCAGUGGAGGCACUGCCGCGAUCUCUGUUGGUGCGGGCAUUAUCGGGUCCAGCAUACUUAUCGGCGCCUUGGUCCAUCGGCAGCCCAUUAAGUUCAAGAGACGGAUGGCCUCCAUCGUUCUCAACGCGCCGGCUGUGAUAACUAGUGUUCCCGCCGAACUGGGCAAGAAAUGGCGUCGGCGCUUUGGAGCUAAGAGCAACGAUUCGUCCACUAGCGUCACUGAGAAGAAUACAUCAGACAGAACCGACGAGGCUGCGUCACGAGACUCGGCCCGUUCCUGGUCAUCAAACUACUCCGACUCGUCCUCUCAAAGCUCCAAGCAAAGCUCUCGGCGUCGCAGGCGCAAUGCGAGAUCGCCAAGGCGAGCAUUCUACGACGAUUGGCGAAGCGAGGACUGGGACACUACCAGCGAAAGUGGGAACGGAGGCAAGGCCUCGCUCGAGGUACUGAUGGAAGCGACGGCUCAAGCCACGAGCGCACCAGCGACAAGCAAAAAGGCUCGAGGUGGCUCGAAAAGCUCACUCCGAGAAGAGCCAACAGCUCCUUCACGCCAGUCGCAUAUAACUACAUCCGCUUCUGAAUCAGCGCUGGAUCUCUCACCAGCCUGUAAGCACCAAUAA